CACGUGGUUGCACACUCGACUCGAAACAGACGCCGUCUUUCACACCGCCGAGUUGCCUCCGUAUCGCCGCUUUUCCUCCUGAACCGACCCUGAAUGGGAAACGGUGUAUUUCUAGAUUACAGCUCGGACGAGCAAUCUUUUCGUGUGUGUUUUUUUUGUUGGUAGAAUAAAGCGACUUCCGGCGUCGAGGACAAAAAACGGUCCCCCCCUAUUUCUUUUUUUUUUAAGCGUCAUUAAAGCCGGUCUUUGUAAACGUACUGGGUUUUUUUUUGGGUGCAAAGGGGGGUCCGGGGGUUUACAAUCAUAUCGCUCGUGGGUUUUAAACGUGUUUUAAGUGUCGUUAAUUUAAAUGUUAUAGCUCGACAGCGAUCAAAUCAGCGACUUUCCAGUUGCUGAACACACAAACAGAAACACGGCUUCGGCACCGAGGUAGCGUCGGAGGAGGAAAGCCCCCCCCCCGAAACUCAGAGGAUAUGGAGUCGACCAAAGCGGGAGGCGUAAUAGCCUACAUCAGCUCGUCCAGCUCUGGCCCCGAGUCGUGCCACAGCGGCGACUCCAACAGCAGCUACCAGUCGGCCUCCCCGCCGCACGGCAUCUCGGCCAACCGCCGCCAGCUGAGUCAGCAGGCUGACCUCAAACUCCCAAGCGGUGGCCAAAACCUUCCAGGGACUCAGAAAAGCGGCCGCGCCUCCUCCACUGCAAAAUGUGGCAUUACAAAAAUCAACGGCCUGGUGCUGCUGUGUAAGGUUUGCGGCGACGUGGCCUCUGGUUUCCACUACGGCGUCCACGCCUGCGAGGGCUGCAAGGGCUUCUUCAGGAGGAGCAUCCAGCAGAACAUCCAGUACAAGAAGUGCCUUAAGAACGAGAGCUGCCCCAUCAUGAGGAUCAACCGGAACCGCUGCCAGCAGUGCCGCUUCAAGAAAUGCAUGUUGGUUGGGAUGUCCAGAGACUCUGUGCGCUUUGGCCGAAUCCCCAAGCGUGAGAAACAGCGCAUGCUGCUGGAGAUGCAGAGUGCCAUGAACAACAUGAUGAACAACAGCCAGCUGCACAGCCAGCUGCAGAGCAGCCAGACGCUACCCAUCGGCAAACCUCUGCUGGCCAGUGCCACAGAACCUACCUCAGAGGACGCCAGCCCCGCCCCCUCCACUUCUCCAUCCGCCACCACACCAUGCUCCAGCCAAUCAGACGCCGGCUCUAACCCCGAACCCACCGUGGCCAUGGACACCAGCUCGGCUUCGCACAACGCCUCAGACAGCGGCGAGGAGGAGGUGAUUGGCUCCGUGACCAGGGCCCACCAGGAGACCUUCAUGUACAACCAGGAGCAGAGCAGCCUGGCAGCCGAGGCCCCGCCUCCUCCGGACCCCCUGAACAGCGGCUUGGCCAAAAACGUCACCAACCUCCGCACCGAGGAGCGUCAGGACGCCUGGAACCACUGCAACAACAUGGUCACCAUGGCAGCACAGGACCCCCCCUCCAGCCUGGGCCCCCAGGGUCAGGAGGAGGACGCCCCCAACCACUGCCCCUUCAGGCUGUCCAGGAGUGCCGCCACCGGCCACUGUCCGGCCUACACACAUGGCGCUUUCGCCGCUCCGUCCUCAGAGGGCCACGCCAACGCAGCCUACAGCGGGCCCCUGUGGAGAGGAGGCAACCGAAUGCAUCUGGUUUGCCCGAUGAACACCUCCCCUCAUGUGGACCCUCAGAAGUCCGGCCACGAGGUGUGGGAGGAGUUCUCCCACAGCUUCACCCCCGCCGUCAGGGAGGUGGUGGAGUUUGCCAAAAAGAUCCCAGGCUUCAGAGACCUGACCCAGCACGACCAGGUCAGCCUGCUGAAGGCGGGCACCUUUGAGGUGUUGGUGGUUCGCUUCGCUUCUCUCUUCGACGUGACGGACCGCACCGUCACCUUUCUAGGCGGGAAGAAAUACAGCGUGGACACUCUGAGGGCCAUGGGGGCCGGGGACCUCCUCAACUCCAUGUUUGACUUCAGCGAGAAGCUCAUCAACCUGGGCCUCUGCGAGGAGGAGAUGAGCCUCUUCACCGCCGUGGUUCUGGUCUCUGCAGCUCAACCCCGUCACUGUCCAUCCUCCCCAGAUCGCUCGGGCAUCGAGAACGUGAACUCGGUGGAGGCGCUGCAGGAGACGCUGAUCCGCGCUCUGCGAAGCCUCAUCACCAAGAACCACCCCAACGAGUCGGCCAUCUUCACCAAGCUGCUGCUCAAGCUGCCCGACCUGCGCUCGCUCAACAACAUGCACUCGGAGGAGCUGCUGGCCUUCAAGGUCCAUUCCUGAAGGUUCCUCUAGUACUUGACACCCCCCCCCUCGGACACAAACUGUAACGACCUGGGGGGGGGGGCACACGGACCACCAGCUCCGCCUCACCUCCCAACCACCCACCACCUCCACCCUUCUGCCACGAGAAUUAAGGUUCUGUUCUUUCAGGCUACAAACAUAACUUUAAAGGGGCAAGAAGACCAUAACAAGUUAUUGUACUGUACUGUAGGGCGUAAAUGCCUGUGUGAUGGUGAUGCGUACAUACAGACACACUGAUUGAUGUGUGUGUUUCUGGUGUUUGUGUGUAGCAUUCUGUAUGUUUGCAACUGUACAAACAUUAGAUGCACUUUUCUGUAUAGUGUAGAUGGUAUUUCUUUGCAUUCAUAGUGCAAUAUGUGACUGCUUUUUGAUUUCAGCUGUAUAGUGACGAGUCAAGAAUCUUGUGUAUACUUUCAGUGGCAAACGUUAAUUUGAAUAUGUGCUGUGCUCAUGUGAUGAGGGGGGGGGGAAACAAAAAAAACGCAGACACUGAAAGACUGACGAGUUAGAAUUCUCUUUAAAAAACUAAACGAAACAAAAAAACGACAACGAGGAGAGCGACGACGUAAAGCUGCUAAAGAGUCCCCGAGAAACCGGAGGACGUCGUUUCAAUUCGAAUGAAUUGGGGGAGCGAAAGAAGGCGCCGUCUUGUAUUUGAUGAUAUGCUGUGGUUUUGUUAGUUGCGGUCGUUUUUUUUUUCUGAAUUAUUUUGGCAUCGAGACGCAUCUGAUGUAUCGGUGUCCCUCUUGCUUGAUGAUCCGUGCUCACGGAUCAGUGGAAAUGGAGACGCACUGAACCGAUGGAGAUCUCUUUGAAGAAAAGAAGUGUUUCUUAUGUGUCUGCUGUGAUGCUGUAGGAGGAAACAUCGUCACCAGCAGCUCCCACUUGCUUGAAUACAGAUUUAUGUUUUACAAAAACUGUACAGACUUUAGCUUGAGUGUAGUGAAACUGAAUAUGUAGGACGUAUUCCACAUGAAAUAUGAUUGUAAUGUCACUGAUUGUAAUUUUAAAGAAAUAAGCUGGAGGCGACGAGCUGAGUCGCCGAUGUUCAGAUUUUAUUUUUUUUUGCGACGCCAUCUUUUUUGUUUCCCCGUUGAUGAAUUCAGAAUGUCGGGCCUUUUUAAUAUCCAGAGCUUCUGUCGUUGUGUUGACAUCACUGCCAUGUGGUUCUGUUCUCCUCUGAGAGAGGAUUGCAGUGUGCAUAGUUAUAUAUAAAUACAUACAUACCAUCAUACAUACAUAACUGUAUAGAUGAAUAUAUCUAUAUAAAUACAUUUUAUAAAUGCA